AUGAGAGGGUUGCAAACUCCGAAACGAAAGCGCCCAACCCCUUCGCAUACGCCCGUUGACUCUGGAGUGCUCCUGUCGCAUACAUCUGUUGACUCUGAAGUGCCCCCUCCACGCAUUCGUACGGCGGACAAUGAUGUUGGUUUCCUCGGCUCAACGGCCUUCAAUGCGGUGUUCAGUGACAACCAAGAACACAUACCGGCUCCCUCCACCACGGAUGUGGAUACAAGCACUGAUGCUGGUCGGCUUCACGAGCAAAUCACGGCAUCUUGGAGAAGCACUCAACGCCGAAGCAACGGGAAUGCUACCUUCGUUCUCGAGCUUCUGAAGGAUAUCCCCCACCUCGAGAAGAUUAUUGACCGAUGGCCUUCUGCCGAACGUGAAUAUAGCAUACUCGAACCAUGGACGGAAGACUGCCAGAAGUCAAUUAGACAAGAUCUCUUCGAAAAGUUUGACUUCACUCGCAAGAGUGAAUGGGUGAAAGUGAUCGAUCUCUUGAAUGCAAACACAGAUGCACCUCUCAGAUUUCCAGCCAACAUUCGGUUCCGUGAUUUUACCUCGUACUAUAUGGGCAACAAUAUUCGCUGGGAGACGAUCGGCGUCUUCCUCAUAAUGUGUGGUCUGAGCCUGUUCAAUGUGUACUGCGAUGCAGAAGAGUCGGAGCUGGUUGGACACCUGGCGCAAGACAAGCAGCGACUGAUGUUUCGCCUGCUUGAAGCCAGCGAUAUAUGCGUGUCAUUCUGUAACGACGCAGUCCCCGGCACAGACCUUGGCUUUUGGCUGAUGCUUGAGAAUUGCAUUUAUGCCAGUCAAGUGCUUGGAGAUGCCCACUAUUCUGUGUGGCGCAGGCUUGGGGACAUCUCGACGGCCGUGUUCGCUCAUGGGUUGCACGAAUCUCGGGAAACAGCAGAUGAGCCCUUCUGGUUGAAGGAAGUCCGGCGAAGAGGACUAGGGUACGCUUAUGCCAUGGACAAGAUACUCUCGACAUUCGUUGGACGACCACCACGGAUAUCGAAACGUUAUUGCAACAUCAAAGUUCACCUUGAUUUAGAGUACAGCGAGUUAGCCCUGGAGGGUGACGAGCUUGCCAAAGCAUGUUCCAAGCUUGGUGCUACUGGCUGGAGUUCUCGCACUGGGCCAACAAAAGAGAGUCUGUCCGCUUUCAUACGUGCAUUCGUCCUUGGAGCUUUUAUUCGAGAAGACACCCUAGAACUGUGUCUCAAUCCAGCCCAGGACGACCUUCGAGAGAAGGCACAGAGCGUCAUUCGCAAAAGCAAGGAGAUGUACGCGUCGUUUCCUCCGUGGCUUCAGUUUUCUUCAGAGAUGUGGGAUACGCACGACUCUAGGCCUUCAUACCAGGCUGUUAAGCAGUAUCUCGAUACCAUCUACAAUGAAUUCAUGUUGCGGCGCAUGCUAGUGCGACGUCUUCACGACGAUCCGACCGAGCUCAUAUUGCUCGCGCACGAAAUCCUAAUAGCUGUACUCGAGGUCAGAAACAUACGAGGGGUAACUCAAUCAGGGGCAGGAGUACUCGCACUCGAGCUCCUGCAGCUUAACGUUCGAGUUGUGUCGCACGCCAGGAUCAAGCAAAACCUUUGUGUCUUUGUAUCUUAUCUCAGGUGGUUUCACGCCCCAGGCGAUGGAAACUAUACCCUUGCCGACCGCGGCCGCAAAAUGCUGCAGCAUAUUUUGGACAAGGUGCUUGCCACAAGUGAAAGACCGGAGCCACAGGUGCAACCUGGCGCAAUGGAUGACCUGGGCGUGUUGGAUUUCUCCUGGCUGGAUGCAGGCCACUUUGAUCAGGAGUUUUGGGACAGCCUGAACCCAAUUUCAGGCGUGGAGGGCACCUAG